AGUGCACAGCUACAUUUACCAUUUUCAAAUUCUUUCAAUAGGGUAAAUUAUACUUUCCUAGAUAAUCGAGAGAGAAAAAUAAAAGUGCAAAAAGAAUGGAAGAACUACAGCUAGAGGUACCAUUCAUAGUAGCAAUAAAAGAUCAUCCAGGAACUAUAGGCAGCAGGAAAAUAUCACAUGAAUUAGCAGAGUUCCUACGAUGUCCUCUUAUUAAUGAAAAUGAUAUCACCCAAACCCUCGAAAAAAUAUCCAUUCCAACCCCCUCAAGUUCAACCAUAACUCAAACUUCUAAUGAGCUUUCAGACAAUUUACCUUUUGAGAUUAUUUCUCAAAUUGCCUUAACCCAACUCAGCUUGAAGUUCAAUGUUAUCAUCAACAUGUUGCUGUUCAAUGAUGUCCGUCUCAAUAAAUUGAUAGAACUGGAGCAUUCUGGGAAGGCGCGCUUGAUCAUUAUUCAAGGCGAAAGCAAUAAUCAUCAAGAUUAUUAUGACAGUGGUCAUAUCUUGAAGGUAAGCAUCGAAAAAGAGUCAUUUAAUGUGAAUGAAGUUGUCACCAAAAUGUAUAAUUUACUAGAUGGUAUGAGAGACAAUGCAAAGAGCCACAACAAACUUACCAGACAACCUAUAAAUGACCAUUUGCAUGAAUUAGUUUUAUCUAAAGAGCCAAGAACGAACAAAAUCCUAUGCAGAAGUUGCUCAAAACUUGUUUCUGGUCUCUCUUAUGAAUGUGCAGAGUGCAAUGAGUUCACCUUUCAUAAAUCAUGUGCAGAGUCAUCCCCAGAUGUAAAGAAUUGUCCUCGUUGGUUAAGGGAAAUGAAGCCAAAGCAAUAUGACUUCCAAAAGACAUAUAAAUGUAAUAACUGUGAAGAAUUUUCAGAAGAUUGUUAUGAUUGUCUCUUCCAAACCAACGUUAAACAUGGAUUUUUGCCGACUAUUCUUCAUCAUCAAAGACAUCAACACUUUCUUAAUUUCAUAAUCAUGCCCUUCCAGUAUAAUUAUCAAUAUAAAUGCUGUAUAUGUGAUAAACUGGGCAGCUCAGUUAGCUACAAAUGUUAUGACUGCAACUAUGACGUUCAUGUCAAGUGCAUAUUACCAAGCACCAUUAGGAUGCGUGGGAAUGAUUAUUCCCUUGUCUCUGCGUCGUCGUAUCAUCAAGAUGAGUUGGAAAAGUAUAAUUGUGAUAUCUGCCGUGAAAGAAUAGAAUCGAGCCAACUAUUAUAUUGGUGUGAAGAACAAGAUUUUAUUCAUGCGGGUAAAAUUAAAUAUUUUACUGAUCAAAACAAAAAUUCACCCAUUCAUGUGAAGUGCAUGCCUAGUGUUACUGCACAGCCGUUGGAGGAAACAGCAGCUGCAUAUUUUGACCAUAUGCAGCCGUAUUCUUUCAUAAUUAGGAAGCCUGAGAAUGGUGAUUUCCUCAUCUCUGCGCCGUCGUAUCCCCGAUAUGAGUUGGAAAAGCAUAAAUGUGAUCAAAACAAAAAUUUACCCAAUCAUGUGAAGUGCAUGCCUAGUGUUAAAGAAGAGAGUAUUGAUGGGAAAGCUGCUGAAUUCAUCGAGAUGAAGCAGAGGAAAUUUGAUUUAAGGAAAUGGAAAACCUUUAAGUUGCAUAAUUAAUUAUUAUCAGGGUUUGGUAUAUGUCAGUUAACCAGAGAUUGCUACUAAUUAUUAACACAGCUAUUUACUUAUUUGUGGGUUUUGGGUCUGGCUUGUAUUCCUGCAGCAGAUUAAAAUCAUUCAUUUUUAUAUUAUUUGUCAUUUAAAAGUGAAAUGAUUUAAUAACAUUGUAUUUUUCUUUUUCUUU